UGGUGCUGUUGCUUAUCUUUGUUGUUUUUUUCAUCUAGAAUAAAAUAACUACUUUAGGGGUUCAGUCAGUCAGUAUAAAGUUUUAAGUGCGCAGUAAUGAAAUUACAAUAACAGUUUAGAUGAUCCACUAUGUGAUUUGUUAGUCUGAUUAUCUAUUUGAAAGGAUAAAAAUAGCCUACGUCUUUACUUUCUCUGAAUCACGCAUAGAUGGGCACCAUGAACAACAUUCUGAUGUAUAUAAAAAAGUCUCCAAUCUCUCAUCUUUUAAUGAUUAUAGUAUUUUUUGUGUCUGGACUUCUGAUCAAUUUUGUCCAGGUCUUCCUUUACUAUGGUUUAUAUAAUUUCAGCAAACAUUGGUAUCGUAAAAUAAACUGGUACCUGUCAUACUCAUUGUAUUCUCAGUUGGUCUGUCUAGCAGAGUGGUGGUCAGGAACCGAUGUUUAUAUUUAUAUAGACAAGGAUGAUUUUAAGAAGUACUAUGGGAAAGAACACGCAUAUCUAAUAAUGAACCAUCGCUACGAUGUAGAUUGGCUUGUUGGAUGGAUAUUCUGCGAGAGGAUCGGUGUGUUAGGUAACUGCAAGGCAUAUGCAAAAAAGUCUAUCAAGUACGUUCCAACCAUCGGGUGGUCGUGGAAGUUUGCUGAGUCUGUGUUUCUGGAAAGAGAUUGGAAUAAAGACAAGGAGGCGAUCGGAGUUCAAGUCAGGGAACUCGCUGACUACCCGGAUCCUAUAAUGCUCCUACUGUACGCAGAGGGGACGAGGUUUACAAAGGAGAAACAUGAAGCUAGUCUAGCGUUUGCCCGGGAGAAGGGACUGCCUCAGUUGAAACAGCACCUGACACCUCGUACCAAGGGAUUCACCUGCAGUAUACCCCAUCUGAGGGAGAAAGUGCCAGCCAUAUACGAUGUCCAGUUGGCCUUUAAAGAGAACACUAAGGUCGCCCCCACAGUGACCAACAUGCUGCUAGGUAAGCCUGUGGAAGGACAUCUUCUGCUGAGGAGGAUCCCGAUAGAACAAGUGCCUGAUGGUGAGGAGGCUGCUGCCGAGUGGCUCAGAGACCUCUACGUAGAAAAGGACAAGAUGAUGGAGAGUUUUCUACACACAGGAGACUUCUUCACAGAGAGUGGUGUAGCGCGUGUGGAGCCGUUCUUACUGCCUCGUCGCUACUACAGUCUGGUGAACAUGGUGGUGUGGGCUGUUGUGGCACUGGUGCCUGUGUUCUACUACAUCGCGUGUCUUCUCAUGUCUGGCUCUUCCCUUUACAUCUCUAUUGGCAUUGGCAUCAUACUGUUCUUUUUCUUCAUGCUGUACAAACUGAUCGAGAUGACGAAAAUCAGUAAAGGUUCUUCCUAUGGAAAAACAACUCCUACCACUCCGACGCAGGAAGACAUAGGCUGCACAGAGUUUAAAUAAGACUAACAAACUGAAACAAGGCACAAAACUCUGUUUUAUUUUGAACAUCACGGGCCAAUUGUAAAGUAACCAAAGAUAUUUUCUAAAUAGUUCACAAUUUUAAAAUGGGUUGGUAGUAGACUAAGUUGGAUUUGAAAGGAAUUGGGUUAAGAGUUAAGGUUCAAUGCAUUAAUACCAUUACCUAAAAGGGUUGUCACGGCUUGAGAAUAUAAGGAAAUAAAAACUUAUUUUUACAAUACUGAGAACGAGAAGAGGUAAUUAUUAAUCUUUAAAUAGCUCUGGAUCACCUAAAAAUGUCUUAUUUUGAUACAUCUAGCUAUAAGAGUUAAAUGUUUCAUGAACAGUCAAAUCCCGUUCUUGAAGUUUUCAUUUCUACUAGGUUUCUUGUAAAGGAAAAAUUAAAACUACAUUUAUUUGUAAUUUUGUAGUACACCAUGUUAAAAUAAUAAUCCUGAUAAACAUUGUUUACUUAAAGCAUUUUUGUUACCUACAUUAUUUAUUGUUUUACAAAAGCGUUUUUGUAGACCUAUUGUUAAAAAUAAUAGUAUAUUUUGACUGUGAUUGUUUUAGUUUCAUAAUUUUCACAUGAAUUUAGUUAUAAAUAUCAUCAGGAAAUCCCUCUUAAUAAAGGAAUAUGUAUAUUUAUAAAUUUCAAGUGUAUAUGGCAAACCCUAAUACCAUAGGUGUAAAAAUUAGUGAUGGGCGGAUCCAAGAAAAUGUCGGUACAGGAUCCGGGUUCCGAAUUCAGAUGUGUACUGUCAGAAGAACGAUAAAAAAAAACUUAAUAUUUACAGAAACUCAAUUUAAAUCAUACUGUUUAAAAUUAAAUUGGUAAUGUUUAAAGGUUGAUGUAAUAAUAUAUAGAAUAAUUGUAGCUUAUAUGGCUAGGUAUUGUCUCAGUAUAUGUCGAUGUCAAUAAUAAUAUAUGGAUACGGAUAGUCACAGAUACAGAAUUCCCUAAUUUUUUGGGGACACUAAAAAUGUUCAAAAUCAUAAAUUGAAACUUCUUGCUAAGUUUGCACGACCACCAAAAGGGUAUCUCUAUUACUCUGUAUUUGUGCAUAGAAAAAUAUUAGAUGGGGAAGGGGGAUUGACUUUUUCACUUUUGUGAUUAAUAAGAUUUUGGAUUUAUCAAACAAAUAACUCGAUUAUAUUCACUGUAUUCGCCAAGUCUUGUAUAUGGACGCAGACAGACUUGUAUGUGGACACAGAUAGUCUUGUAUUAGAUACGAAAUUAAAUUAAUGAGGAAAAUUUUAACAAAUUCAAAAAACAUCUUAAAACAUUUCUGAUUGACCACGAGUUUUAUAAUUUUAUAGAAGAAUUUAUAAGAAGAAAGAUAACUUAAAACAUUUUUAACAGGGUUUUUAAUUUUUAAAUUUUUAUCAUAAAUCGUGUAGGCAAUUCAGUUCAGUUCAAAGAUACUUUAUUCACAGAAAUACAAAAGUAUACAUGAAUGGGCUAAUGCAAAUUGUGUAAAUAAUUGAAAGUACUUACAAUAUUGUGUAUAAGGAAUUUAGUAAAUAUUCUUGUAUAUGGAGUUUAUUUUAACUAUUAAUUUUAUUUUAAAAUACAUCACUCUUGACAAAAAACCUGUUUUUUGUUAGUAAAAUAAAAAAUAAUUUAAAACCUGGAUCGAGCCCAAGAUAAGAUUUUUUGUGGAUCCUAUGUGGCGUCGGUUCUAGCUCAGAUCCAGUGGAUCCAGUAGUCCGAUAACCGGAUCCGACCAUCACCAGUAAAAAUGAAUACAGUUUGGUUUAAUGUUUUGUUGUUGUUGUUGUUUAUUUUUAUAAUUGGAAAUUUAUUAUUUACCACCUAUCUGCCUAUGAGAUAGUAGGUUCCUUUAUUGCCUCUUUUUAACAUGGAUUUAAUGAAUGUUCAGAUAUAUUUUUCACUUAUAUGUCGCUCACUCACUCACUCAAAUGGCCAUUUAUGCCCGAGGCGGGAUUUGGCCACACCAACAACUUUUUAUGUCGCUCAAUGUUUGAAAAUGUACUGACAAACACAAACUCAACCAAUAAAAUUAUUGUGUUAUAAGAACAAUUAAAAAGUUACUUUUCAAAAAUUAACUGUACCUAACUAAGUUUUAUCAAGGAGACAUAUGUGAAAAUUAUAAGGUUAUGUCGGUUUUAUAACGUCAUGCCUAAAAGCACAAAUCUUGAUUAUCAAAUGAUUUCAAUAACUUGCACUGCAAAAUAACAUUUGAGAUCUCGAAUGUAUUUAAAUGCACUUUAAUCCUGUUAACAAAUUUUAGUAUAAGGAAUGAUAUCAUUAUUCUACUGAAUUUCACUUAGGCUACUUUAAAAUACACAGACCAUUGUACAAAUAGUGACAUUUUACUCUCAAAAGCAGCUACUUAGUUAACCCAAACAUUUGGUAAUUUCUCACCAGGUCUGGUCUUAAUCAUAUUAUCAGGGUUCUUGUGAAUUAAAAUAAUUGUGUUUAUUACUAAAGAGUAAAUUAAGUGUAUUUUUUACUGAAGAGUAAAAAGAACUAUGUUGUUUUACAAAUAGGGUUAACUGGAUGAAUGACGGAAUUAAAUAUUAUUAUUAAGAUAAUAUUAAGCACAAUUCGUUACAAACUAGAUCAGUAUUGUAGAAUAAUGUUUUUUAAAUUACAUUUUCAGUAGAACAAUAAUGUUUUAGUAAUCAUUCCUUUCAAAUUUCAUUCCUUUUGAAUUUAUUCCUAGUCUGAAAGAUCUGUUGGAUGAAGAUAGUCCAUGCAUUAACCCUUCAAGCCUUAAAUAUUAUUCAUUGAUAUAACGUAAUCUUUGAUAUAACUAUGUCCAGCUGUUUGUUGAGUUAUAUUCACAUGGAUAAAGGAAGUUAAAUGUUACUCUGGUUGUGUGGUUGUAUCUGGGGCUCAAAGAGUAAAACCAUGGGGUAAUGUUGACUUUCAUCGCUUUCUUUUCCUUUGUUUGUAUCUUUUGUCGAAAGAUCUGGUAUUUUUUUUCUCAAAACAUUAUUCAACUCAGUUAUGUCUGGACUUUUUUAGAUUUGUCAGUUUGUUCAAAUCCACGGUUUUGUUUACUUUUUAAAACACAGUUUUGGAAGUGAUGAUCUGAAUGAUUGUAAAUAGGCUAGUUUAUUUAGUGUACAUAACAUUUUAGGAUCUAAGUUUUUCUAGUGAUGUUGAGAUAUUAUACACAGAUAAGGCUUGAAAUACAUGCAUUUUUUACCACAAUUUGUUAUUUUGUUUUAUCUGUGUAUCUUGUUUCCUGAACUUGUCAGCAUAUUUGAUAUUGUUGUUUAGCUGUAAUAUUUAUCAUCUUUGGUGUCCAUUGAAUGUAUGUUAAUUUAAAAUGCAUUAACAAAAAUAAUUAAACUUGUCUAAACUCACAAAUCCACAUGUUUUUUUUUUGAGAUUACAAACUUGUAUUAUAUUUUUCAUGUAUUUAAAAAAUGUUGACAGCUAUAUUGGCAUGAAAAGAUGAAAAGUGCCUAUAAUAAUAUUUUCUAUUGCUUACUGAAUAUAAAUAUAAUUCUUACAUCUAAAGAUGAAAUUUGUUCAAAUAAUUAUUUAAUCAGGCAACUGUUUACUAUAGGUAAAAGUAACUCUCACAAUUCAUAAAUAAAAUUAAAAACCGUCUUGAAGGGUGAAAAAUUGAAUUAAGGAUAUUUCUGAAGUCUAUAUCAGAUCUGAUCAAACAUUCCAGCCAAACUUGUAAUGUAUUUAUCAACUAAACACACAUCUUAGUUUAGUUAACUAGUCUAGUGAAGAAAAAUCAACUUUGAACUAAAACUUUCAUAUGAACAAAUGUUUUUAUUGUUGUAAGCUGUAAACAUGACUAUUGUGAAAUUGUGCACAGGAAUAGUAUAUUUCAUUACUAGGACCGAAAGUGGCAUUUUCCGUCGCGCGCUCAAGUUUUUGUGUUAGGCAAAGCCGAACACAGGGAACAUCAAUUUCACGUGCGAGGCGAAGCCAAGUAUGUGAGAGCUAUUUUCAUGUACGAGGCGAAGCUGAGGACGGGAAUAAUGGAGCAAGUGCCGGAUAAUAACUUUCGGUACGAGUUAUGAACGAUACUUUUCAUCACAACGCAAAAAUACACAAACACAGAAUAGCAGACCUCAGUAAUAUUACAACUAUUUUAUUUCUCAAUUAAUUUUAUUGAACAUCAAAAUAAAAUAAAAUUAAAUUUUCUAAAAGGAAACCUACUUAUAUUUCUCAAUACAUUUGGUUUAAAUAUCAAAUUAAAAGAAUAAAACAACUUUGAACAAUACAUACAGCUGAUUCAAAUCAUUAAAUUAAACCAUAACAAAACACUAGAGCGCGUAGUGAAUAAAUAGAGAACUAAUUGAGAGCGAGGGAAAGUAAAUUUAGAGCGAGGGAAAAUCAGCUGAUCGAUUUUCCCUCGCCCUAAAUUAGAGCUUGGGAAAAGACUACUUUCAUUGAUGUCAGCUGUUAUCGAAAGUAGUUACUUUCGUUACGGAGUGAUGCAAAAUCAUAUUUUCCCUACAAGUUUUAUGUUACAUACUAAACAAACACAACGAGGUAAAGCCCAAGCCGGCAAUGAUUGAAGCAAGUAUCGGAUAAUCACUUUUGGUGCAAAUUAUGAAUAUGUUUACACAAUAAAAACACCUGAUUCUAAUUACAGAAAUAUAGGGGAACCUUAGCACACAUAGUGGACAAAUGGAGAACUGACUUGAGCAAGGGAAAAUCAGUCUGAUCCUUUUUCUAUUGCUCUAAAUAAGAGCUUGAGAAACAAUUAAUUUCUAUUAAAUCAACUGACAUAGAAAAUAGCUACUUUCCAUACGAAGUUAUUCAAGAACAAUUUAUGAACAACAAAGCAAUGAAAUUAUUACAGCAAUUAAAUCUACCUGUUCAGUUCAUGUUAAAGAGCACUUAUAAUACUGACAAACAUUACAGAAACUGAUUAGUUUAGAUAAAUGAGGUUAGAUAAAUGAAUCUGAAUCCCUAGAAAAUACUUAAUAAUUGUCACAAUAAAUCAAGUUUCUCUUAUUAAUGACUCAUGCUAGCUAAAACUAUUGACUGAUGUAGUUGAAAGGAAAAUAAUAAAUAGGAAUAAUUAAUUAUGCUUAUGAGUUAAGACAAAAUCACGAUGAAGCUUAGCUUCAACAUUUUUUGAAAUAGGUUCUUCGUUUGUACACUUUGAUAAUACCCACACUUGUGUAGAAAAUUAUUAAAUCAAAAUUUUCUUUCAUUCAACAUAAAACAAAAAGGGGCUGUGAAUUCUGUAGCACACAAAAUCAUUUCUAAUAAUUUCCUUGUUUUGCAGAAAUGAUAUCAACAGAAGAAACUUCAAAACUUCUCUUCACUUGAUGCAAACUCUUUCUUUUAAAGUUAAGCCAAAUUUAUUUUCCAGCAUUUUCAUAAGCCAUGUUUACAGUCCAAGAGUUACUGUUAAGUAAUCUUUACUGAGUUACUUGUAACCAAUAACCAACCUUCCUAUUUGAUCUUCUAGUAAUUUGUUAUUACUUUAUUUUUUAUGUAAAUAAAUGUAUUUUGUCAA